AUGUCUCUUGAAGAAGGCAAGCGUAAGCGCUCCAACAUAAAGCGCAACAUUUCGCGUAUUAAAUCGAUCGUCGAAGCGGCAAGGGAGUCAGAUGAUAAACUUACCAAUGCUGAGCUUCAGUGUCGACUAGGAAUACUGGAAUGUUACUUCAAGCAGGCCUUAUCCGUCCAAGCUGACAUUGAGGAUUUAGAUCCACUUGACAACGGCCGCGCAGAUCUGGAAGAUAGCUACGUAGCAGUUAAGCUGAAUAUCCAAGCGCAACUUGGAGAAGAUGCUAACAGUACAGUGCACUUUCCCGAAACGUCAACAGCAGCAGUUGUUAAGCCCUCGUCGCAUCUGCCAAAACUAACAUUGUCAACAUUUAGCGGCGAUUACGCAGACUACAAGAAUUUUAUUACUUCAUUCACCCAGAUCAUUGCUCGUGAACCAAGGCUGUCGAACAUCGAAAAAUUUAAUUACCUGUUGACUUGUUUAAAGGGUCCCGCGCUAGAAACGGUUCAUGCAUUCCAAGUCACUAGCGAAAACUAUCCGAAGGCUUUGGAUAGGCUCAAGCAACGGUUCGACAACCCAACGUUAAUUUUUUUGGAAGGUAUUGCCUCACUGUUUUCAUUACCGGCACUGGAAAGGUCGAACGCUCAACAGCUGCGCAGUUUAAUAGACAAGGCAUUGGCAAUUGUUAGCUCCUUGGAGUCAGUAGGAACGUUUGCAAACAUCGCACAUGCAUUGCUAAUUAACAUUGUGAUGGGCAAGUGUGAUCAGCAAACCAGGAGCAAAUGGAACGAGUCUCUGGACUACAAGUCGCUUCCAACUUGGUCACAGUGCACUCAAGUCGUGGAACGACAUUGUCAGUUCUUGCACUCAUGCGAGGCAUCGUCACAACGAAAACCCGAGUCUGGCAAGCAAAAUCGCGCAAGCAAUCGCAUGCAAAAUUCGUCAUUUGCUAUCACUAACUCUAAUUGUGUUCUUUGUUCCAGUUCCAACCAUAAACUCGUCAGUUGUUUAAGGUUUAAGGAGAUGAACACAAAUCAACGCUUUGAUCUCAUCAAGAAGCAUGAUCUAUGCAUCAACUGCUUAGGCAAUGGUCAUAGAAUGAUCCAAUGUCCAUCCAAGAAUCGCUGCCGCUGUUGCAAUCGAGCACACCACACGUUGUUGCAUCAUGAGAAUGUAUCUCAACCCACUCAAACAACUCCAGUGGCAGGUCCCGCAUUCCAGCCUUCGGGGUCUACUCGACCUACAUGGCAAACUUCAUCUCAAGAAUCGACAGCAACCCACUCGCACAUGGGUGCAUCGGAAGGUGGGCAGGUUAUUCUUGCAACGGCUAUGAUCCUGGUCAAGGACGCUACGGGUACGUAUAAGUUGGGCAGAGCCCUCCUAGAUUCAUGCUCUCAACUCAAUUUCAUCACUGAGGAUUUCGCGCAAAAACUACGCCUUCGACGUGAGAAACAUGAUGUGGGCGUUCGAAGCAUUGGAGACUCGCUAACCAGUCUUAAGGCGCGUACGACCACGACCAUCAAAUCGCGCACUUCAGCCUUUCAACUGUCACUUCAAUUCGGAAUCACCUCGCACAUAGCAUACCAGCCAGAUGCCGAGAUCGACACGUCCGGUUGGAGCUUGCCAGCCAAUACCAAAUUAGCAGACGAGAUGUUUUUUAAGCCCCGGCGCAUAUACCUGUUGUUAGGAACAGAGGCCUUCUUUGAUGCUCUUGCUGUUGGCUAA